ACUUGUGUACCCUUGGAAACUACACGGCCAAAGGUCGUAUUCACAACGCCAUUCUCUAGUAAGGUCGCAAAAAGGGGAGGUUGCUUGAAAGCAGAGGGGGCACAUCUGGUGGCUUAGGACAUGUCUUCACGCAGACGGCUUUCCUCCAGAGCGGGAAAACGCGACCGCAGAAAUGUUAUCGUGGUCGGGGCGGGCCUCAGUGGUCUGUCCGCCGCUAAGAAGCUUCACGAGGAAGGUCUGGACGUGGUGAUUUUGGAGGCACGGGACAGGGUGGGAGGGCGCACGCUGACAUUACGGAACCCUACGGUGGGGUAUGUGGACGUGGGCGGUGCGUACGUGGGUCCGACCCAGGACCGAGUGUUCCGCCUGGCCCGCCAGCUGGGUCUGCAGACGUACCGAGUCAACGAGACAGAGAGGGUCGUCUUCUACACCAAGGGUGAAAGUCGACCAUACCACACCGUAUUCCCGCCCAUGCGCAACCCACUGGUCCAUCUAGACUGCAACAAUUUCUUCCGCAAAGUGGACGAAUAUGGAGACAUGAUCCCACAGGAGGCUCCCUGGGACUGUCCCCACGCCCAGGAAUGGGACCGCAUGACCAUGAAGGACUUCUUCGACCAGGUGAUCUGGACGGAGGAGACGCGGACCUGGGCGGAGAUGUUCGUGCGGCUGAACGUGUGCGCAGAGCCGCACGAGGUCUCCAUGCUGUGGUUCCUGUGGUACGUCAGGCAGUGCGGUGGAAGCAUGCGCAUCACGGCCGUCAGUAACGGCGGCCAGGAGCGGAAGUUCGUGGGAGGCUCGCAGCAGCUCAGCGAAAAGAUUGCCGAAAUUCUGGGAGACCGGAUAGAUUUCAGCAGCCCGGUUCUGCGAAUUGAACAGCGGCGGGACAAAGUCGUGCUGUACACGCAAGACGAGCGGAAACACGAGGCCGAGUACGUGAUCCUAGCGAUCCCCCCGCCUCUGCUACAGAAGAUCGUGUUCUCUCCCGAUCUCCCCUCCUCCAAGCUCCAGCUGGUCAAGCGCAUGCCCAUGGGCUCUGUCGUCAAAACCUUCAUGUACUACGAGAGAGCCUUCUGGCGAGAGAACGAUUACUGCGGGUUUGCUGAUAUUGACGACCCGGCUUACCCUGUGGCCAACACGGUGGACGAUACCAAGCCGGACGGAACAUAUCCUUCUAUCAUGGGGUUCAUCUUGGGAGACAAGUCCAGGGAAUUUUCACACCUAACACAAGAGGAAAGGAAGGAAAUAAUCUGUCAGAGUUACGCCAACGUCUUCAAGUCAGAGAAAGCUCUUCAUCCUGUUCACUACGUGGAGAUGAACUGGAACAAGGAGGAGUGGACAGGCGGGGGAUACACGUCCUUCCUCCCGCCGGGCGUACUCACAACAUGCGGCAGAGAGUUGAGGACGCCGUUUGGGAGGAUGUUUUUCGCCGGUACGGAGACGGCAGUGGGCUGGUCAGGCUACAUGGAGGGGGCGAUACAGGCGGGGGAGAGGGCUGCUGCCGAGAUCCUGUGUCAGAUGGGAAGGCUCCAGCCGUCUGAAGUUUGGACCGCAGAACCAGAGAACGAGGACUGCAUAGCUCUCCCGUUCGAGAGCUCCCUGACGGAGCGGUACCUCCCGUCUGUCCCGGGCCUGCUGAAGAUCCUUCUCGGCGGGUCUCUCCUGAGCGUCACGGCGGUCGGCCUGCUGUGGAAGUUCCGCCACCAUCCGAACAACAGCGCCCAGGACGUCCUCCAACACUCCUACCAGCUGCUUCACUCCCUCUCACACCACGCAGCGCCACCUUUGAAAGCGAUCGCAGCCGGAAUUGCAGACUCGGUCAGGACGGGAUUCCCCAGUAUAGCCGUGUUCACCUACGUGUAUCACUGCGACUAUAGACAGCGUGUGCGGCUGGCAAGAAGAGCGAGGAUCAUGGACAACGGGCAGGCCGAGAAAAACAGGAACGUGGCCAAAACGGCACCGAGAAGCGUGAGGGUUUGGAAAAGGGCAGGAUCCAGAAGAUGAGGAACCAGUGUUAACUUCAGACUUUACCACGAACGGCACACUACAAAUAUGGCCAAUAGUAUAUAUAUCAUUUGAUUUUCUAAUGAUAUACUAUUGCUUAUAUUUGUAGGCAAAGGGCUAGAUGAAAGUACAUGGUUAACAGGCUAGCUUGUUAGACGCUUCA